AUGGGCCGGCUGUCAACUCAUAAGCCGGUGGAAGCUCCUGAUGUAAUCAGCCCUCGCUUGGUGGACUUAGCUGUCGAUAAGCAGAGAGAAUGGGAGGCAGCAGAGGGGGGGAGCGAAGGCGGAGCAGAGGAGGCGGGAAGUCCCGUGGAAGAGUAUGAGGAAGAAGACGAUGAGCAACAAGAGGGGGACGGAGAAGAAUAUCUGGUCGAUGGCGGAGAGGAAUAUGAGGAAGGAUAUGAAGAGGAAGAGAAUGAGCAGAUGAGCGGAGACGGAGCUGGAGAGUUUGAAGAAGGUGGAGAGGGUGAGGGGGGGUACGAGGAGCAGAAUGCGGACGGCGAGUUUGCGGCAGCGGAGAGAGAGGCGGCUGGGGGGGUGGAGGAGAGGGAAGCUGGGGGAGCUGGCAGGUAUCAGCGGGGGGGGGGGAGUGAAGGAGAAAGCGAGGGGGAGGAGUAUGUUGAGGGAGUGGAGGGUAAGUAUGAAGAAGGUGGGGAGUAUCAAGAGGAAGAGGCGGAAGAAUUCCAAGCGGAAGAUCUUCAAGAGGACGGAGCGGAAGGGUAUCAAGAAGGGGAACCAGAGGAGUAUCAAGAAGAAGGCACGGAGUAUCAGGAAGAAGGGGGCGAGUUGCAGGAGGAAAGUGAAGAGAAGCAAGGAGAAGGCGGAGCAAAUCAAGAAGAAGGAGGCGAGUAUCAAGAAGAAGAGGGCGACUUCCAAGAAGAAGGAGGCAAGUAUCAAGAAGAAGCAGGCGAGGAUUAUCAAGGGGAAGGCGGAGAGGGCUACGCUCAGGAAGGGGGGGAGGAGUCGCAGGAAGAAGAGGGCGGAGAGUACGAGGAAGAAGCAGAAGGAGAGUACGAAGAUCAAGCAGGCGAAGGGUACCAAGAGCGAGAAGCUGUGGAGAACCAAGAAGAGAAAGGUGCUGAGGGAAAGUAUGAAGAAGGAGGGGAAGAAUAUAUAGAGGGGGGGGGGCAAUACGAAGGGGAAGGGGAGGGUUUUGAGGGGGAGCCGCAGCAGCUCGAGGGGGAGCAAGAGGAAUAUUACGAGGAAGGGGGGGAGGCUGGUGAGACCGAAGAAGCCCAAGCUGGAGGGGACGAAUACAACGAGGACGGGGAGAAUGUCGAGGAGGGUGAAAAUGCGGAUGAUGAGGGGGAAGAGGUUGACGAACUGGCCGAAGGUCAAGAGGAGGGGGCCUAUGCGGACGAAGAAGCUUAUGCGGAAGGGGAGGAAAAUAUGGUGGGUGAAGAGGGCGGUGAAAAAGUGGAGUAUGCUGAGGGAGAGGAAGCCUAUGCUGAAGGGGGGGAGGAAUUGCUGACCGAAGAGGGGGGCGAAGCAGCAGAGUAUGCUGAGGGGGAGGAAGGAUCUGCUGAAGAAGUUGAGGGAGAAGAGGGGAUGGAAGAGUACGCGGAGGGAGAAGAAAGGGACCGGUUUGAAGAGCUAUUAGAGGGAGACGUUGGACCGGAAGAGUGUGCGGAAGGGGAAGAGGAAGUUGAAGCGCAAGUGUACCCAGAGCAAGGGGCUGAAGGGGUUCAGGUGACAGCCGAAGAAGAUGAGGAGGUUGAUGUAGAAGAGGAGCAAGGAGAGGAGGCUCAAGCAGGGGCUGAGGAGUUUGAAAACGAAGCUGUCGGAGAGUUUGAGGCAGAGUAUGCCGUCGAGGAAGGUGAAGAAGCACAGAAUGAAGAAGCUGGUGGCGAACUCGAAGAGGAGGGGGAAGGAGGGCCUGAAUUCGAAGUUGCAGAAGGAGAAGGCGAACUAGAUGGGGGUGCUGAAUAUGAAGUUGCAGACGGAGUAGGGCAGGAGCUAGAGGGGGGGGCUGAUUAUGCUGUGGACGAGGGGGGGGGAGAGGAAGAUGAGGAGCAGAAGUUCAGCUUCCAAGUAGGAGGUGAAGAAACCGCUGGAGGCGACAUAGCUGUGGUUGAAGUAACUAAAGGCCAGCAGUAUGAGGAAGAAGAGUACUACGCAGAGGACGAAGGUACGCAGGAAAUCGGCUCGGGGACUGUCAGGAUUGAAGAAUAUGACGGAACAGACGAGGGGUCUUCUGAGCAGCGGGCAGGUGUGAUUGUUUACGAGGUUACGGAGGCCGACGGUCAAGAGGAAAUUGAAUUCUUGGCAGAGACUUCUGAGGAACAGGGAGGGUUAGGGGAGAUUGAGGCAAGGGUUGAGGAAGUCGAGGGGGACGCUUAUGAGGGCGAGCAGCAGGCCGCUUAUGACAAGCAGACGGCAGCAAGUGAACUCAGGGAUCGGUUCUUGUCAAAGGACUCCACACAGCAAUCCAGCAGUUCUGUAAGGGAGAAGACAGGAGCGCACUCAGGGAACAACUUCUCAUCGGUUUCCUCUGACCGCCUAAAAGCCGUGUCGAUCGAGGAGGCCGCAGGCCGCACGGUGCUUUCUCGCAGUCUAGUUGAUACAGACGACGAGAGUGAGCUGGUGCGCGAGCGCCAGUCCGUAACUCAGAGCAUGGAGGUGCGGAUGAGCCCCCGGGAGAGUAUUAACACCCCGGUGGGCCUCAGCCCCAAGAACAGUGUUGCGGGCCCCGGUGUGAAGGGCCUCCCGAUGCCCGAGGACGAAGUGUCGGCGCGGCUGCUUGCGAAGAGCGCCCGGGUUAGCUCAACCCGGUUAAGCGCAACCGGGGUAAGCUCAACUGGGCGCAAACGGAGCGUCACGGACGGGUCAAAAGCGGCCGGGUCAAGCCGCCGGUCAAGUAGCGCAGGCGGCGAGAAGACCCCUGCGGGUGAUAUCACCCCCAUGGUUAACGCGAACCUGGUUCAGAAGCAAGUUCCUCGCGCUUGGGAAGAGCCUGGCAGAGCAGCGGAGUCCGCCGGGAGCGAGUGGAAAACUGGUGAAGCUGAGCGGGACCAGCGUAUGGAGGAACUAGAGCGCCGGCUUCGGGAGGUGACGGAGCGGGAGCAAAGUGCGGCGCAGGACAGGGUGGCGACCGUGGCACUGCUGCAGCAGACUGAAGAUGAGCUUGCGUCCACUGCGGCGCACUUGGCGGAGCUGGCACGCGAGCGCGCGCGCUUCCAGCAGGAGCAGUACGGCGAGAUGUGGCCCAUCGUGUACAGCAAGGUCAAGCACCUCGCCGAGACCGCGCGCGCGUGGCUGCACGAAACGGGGCCGCGCAAGACGGCGCAGCAUCUGGAGACCGUCGAGGCGGAGCUCUUCUCGUUGCUGGCCGUGAUGCACAGCGGCCAGCCCGACUCGUCCACGCUCAAGGAGAUCGUCCAGUCGGAGCGGCUGGGCGCGGCGCUCGACACGGAAAAGACGCGCGCGGAAAAGCUCGCGCAGCGCGCGGCGGCCGCGGAGAAGCAGCUCAAGAUGGCCGUGCGGAAGAACCGGGUCCUCGCAAUAGAGAACCACCUCGCCAUCCAGAAGCUUCACAGCUUAGGGGUUGUCUCCAUUCCGCUCCAGCCGCUAGCGGCGGACAUGAGCAACAUCGACAGCUACGAGCCUCAGAUUCCGGGUUAUGAUUUUACCCCUGCCUCUACCCCCGGGGAGUCGCCCCGCUUCGGCAAAGACUCCCCCGAGAGAAUGGGCUUGCGCCAGAAGAUCGGUCGGAACUCGCCCAGGUCCACUUUCAGCCCCCUGUCGUCCCAGAGGGCGCCCCAAUCACCAAUGGGCCUCCGCAAAGUGCGCGCGCACACGUCGCUGACGUCAUCCACCGCAAAAGCUGACGUCAGCAGCCCGCGGAAGCGGCACUCGAACCCCAGCGACAAGAGCACCCAUCUUGUGGCUGAGUCGGUCGCCCUCUCGAACGGUUCCAUAUUCAAACAGGGGGAGAAUGUUGCCCCUAGCCUCCCCCCCCGGGCGCGUAACAGCGCGUCGACGGAGCAGGGACACGUGUCGAGAUCCGACUGGCUGGCGAUCGCCAAGCAGGCGGCGCUGCUGAAAGGAGUCGUCCCGGAGAACCGGACACACACGGGGCUCCUGAGGGGGACACUUGCUAAAGACGCGACCCCCGCUGAGAUUGACAGCGCCGUGAAAGCGCUCAAGGCGCAGUUCGAUUCGGCGGGCGUCCCGUGGCCCCUCACCAAAGUGGGCGACCGCGCCUAUCGACUGGGCGCCAAAAAGCUCGCGCUCAAACUGACGGCGGGCAGACUCAUGGUACGGAUUGGAGGCGGAGCCGAGAACAUCCUCGACACGAUUGAAAAGACGGCACUCAGUGCGGCCGCCUGA